GGCACCGGGCCCCCACAGCCCACGCGACGUCACAGCGGCAGAGGGCGCAGGCGGCUCGGCUGGCCCGGCCGGUGGACUGUUGGGCCGUUUCGCUCGGACCUCGGCCCUGGCCCUGGCCCUGGCCCUGGCACCGCGAUGGGAACUGUUCCCUGGGGACUGAGCUUGUCAGCAUCCUUGACCUGCUGUCGUCCCUGAAGUCAGAGAAGAGACCCUGCGGACCCACACACACCCCCUGCCCUGUUUCGGGGUCGUGUUCUUGUAUCGGGUCCUCUGCCCCUAGCAGCCGUCUAGUCCGACAAAGAAACAAAGGAGCAGAGCAGAACGAUGAUAUUGGCAUCCGUGCUGGGGAGUGGUCCCCGGAGCGGGCCUCCACUCCGGCCCUUACUGGGGCCUGCACUGUCGCUCCGGGCCCGCUCCACAUCAGCCACCGAUACGCACCACGUGGAGAUGGCACGGGAGCGCUCCAAGACUGUCACCUCCUUUUACAAUCAGUCGGCCAUCGAUGUGGCAGCGGAGAAGCCCUCAGUCCGCCUCACUCCAACCAUGAUGCUCUAUUCAGGCCGCUCUCAGGACGGCAGCCACCUCCUGAAAAGUGCCCGGUAUUUGCAGCAAGAGUUGCCAGUGAGGAUCGCUCACCGCAUCAAAGGUUUUCGUAGCCUUCCUUUUAUCAUUGGCUGCAACCCCACCAUAUUACACGUGCACGAGUUGUACAUCCGUGCCUUCCAGAAGCUGACAGACUUCCCUCCGAUCAAGGACCAGGCGGAUGAGGCCCGGUACUGCCAGCUGGUGCGACAGCUGCUGGACGACCACAAGGAUGUGGUGACCCUCUUGGCUGAGGGCCUGCGUGAGAGCCGGAAGCACAUAGAGGAUGAGAAGCUUGUCCGCUACUUCUUGGACAAGACACUGACUUCAAGGCUUGGGAUCCGUAUGUUGGCCACACAUCAUCUGGCGCUGCAUGAGGACAAGCCCGACUUUGUUGGCAUCAUCUGCACUCGCCUGUCGCCAAAGAAGAUUAUUGAAAAGUGGGUGGACUUUGCCAGACGCCUGUGUGAGCACAAGUAUGGCAAUGCCCCCCGCGUCCGCAUCAAUGGACAUGUGGCUGCCCGUUUCCCCUUCAUCCCUAUGCCACUGGACUACAUCCUGCCUGAGCUCCUCAAGAAUGCCAUGAGAGCUACGAUGGAGAGUCACCUAGAUACUCCCUACAAUGUCCCAGAUGUGGUCAUUACCAUCGCCAACAAUGAUAUCGAUCUCGUCAUCAGGAUUUCAGACCGGGGCGGGGGAAUCGCUCACAAAGACCUGGAUCGGGUUAUGGACUACCACUUCACUACAGCUGAGGCCAGCACCCAGGACCCCCGGAUCAGCCCCCUUUUUGGCCACCUGGACAUGCACAGUGGUGGCCAGUCAGGGCCCAUGCACGGCUUCGGCUUUGGGCUGCCAACCUCACGGGCCUACGCAGAGUACCUCGGUGGUUCCCUUCGGCUGCAGUCCCUUCAGGGCAUUGGCACAGAUGUCUACUUGAGGCUCCGUCACAUCGAUGGCCGAGAGGAAAGCUUCCGCAUCUGACCCCACAGCCCUUGGCCUGCUUGCCUGCCUGGCCCAGGCUGCACACCCUGCCAGGACCUUCUGGGUGAGGCAGGGUACCACCCUGCUCCACAUGCUGCUGCAUCUGGGGUCUUAGGGCCCCAAAUAUAUGGAAUUACAUGGAGCCCGGUGCUGCCCCUCCUCUACAGAGGUCCGUUGCCUCCCUGCCUCCAGGCCUUGGAGGAGAGGAAGUGGGGACCCUUGAGGCCUCCAGCACCAGCUCCGUUAUUCUUGUUCCUGGGGAACCCCUACCUUGACUGCUGUUUGUUAUUAAAGUUCACAUUUUGAAUGCC